AUGACCUUAAGAGCUGGUCAAAAGGAAGGGAUUUGGUUGAGCAAAUGCGGGAAACCGCGCUGGAUGCCAGAGGAAGGAGAGACAGAUAGAAGCAUCCGGUGGAGGCUUCUCCCACACGCAGCAGAACAUGAGAGUGAGAGCGAGACAAACCAGCUGCAUAUACCUGACGGCGCUUUGGAUGAGCAGGGAUACCAUCCGUAUCAGAGGCGCGUUUCUUCAGCCGUUGGCCUUGCUGCUGCUGCUGCUGCUGCUUCUGCUGCUUCUGCUGCUGCAGAUCGCCAACUGGAUCAGAUCACCGCGCAGCAGCUGGCAACAAUCAGUUGA